AUGGUGUCGGCAUAUGUGGGAGGAGCUGCACACCAUAAAUGCUCGUUGUUCGGAGCUGCCGGGCUUUCCAGUCGAGCAACAAUGGCUACCGGCAAAGGAGAGGAGCACGUAGUGACCACUACUGUGCCUCCUUCACCACCCAUCACAAUAGAUGGCAAUCAGAAUUGCAAGUAUAGCGAUGAGUUCAAGAGAAGAGUCAUGCGAAAGAUCGAUUUCUGGCUGGUUGGCUUCUACUCCGUCGUCUAUAUCUUUCGCGUCAUCGACUCCGGCAACUAUUUCAACGCCGCCAUUAUCAACCUGGAAGAAGGCAGCGGAAUUAAGAAAGAGCUCGGCUUCAGUCCGUCCCAGUGGUCCUGGACUCUGUCAAUCUUUUCCUACAGUUAUCUCUUUUUUGAACCGUCUAACACGAUCUUCCUCAAAACCUUCGCCCCUUCACGGUGGAUGUUCGUCCUCAUUCUCUCCUGGGGCAUCUGUGCCUGCUCUGUGGGCGCCGCUCGGGACUUCCCGGGCAUGAUGUGCGUGCGAUUUGCAAUAGGGAUGGCUGAGGCGGGUUUCUAUCCCUCCGUGUUAUACCAUAUGGCGUUCUGGUAUAAGCCCAGUGAGAUGCUCUGGAGGAUUUCGCUUUUCUAUUCCUUAGGCCAAGUGUCUAGCGCGCUGAGUGGGCUCCUUGCGUAUGCGAUCAGCUUCAUGAACGGCGUGAGUGGGUUAUCGGGAUGGCGAUGGCUCUUCAUUCUCGAGGGUCUCCCGGCCAUCGUGCUCUCUGUCAUCGCUCUCCUCGGUCUGCCCGAUUAUCCUGAGACGGCCCGCAUGCUGACUGAGGAAGAGCGCGAGUAUCUAACAGGUCGGAUGUCGGAUUCUGCGCCGUCGGGCAAAGACAAGAGCUGGGACUGGCAAGGAAUCAAGGACCUGUUCUCCAGUCCGACUCUCUAUUCCUUCUCCGUCUACUGGAUAGGCCAUGGAAUCGGCGGUUUUGGCGUCCACUACGCAUUGCCGACCGUGAUCUACGAGCUGGGCUUCACCACGACGGCGUAUUCGCAAUUGAUGAACAUUCCUCCCUACGUUGCAUGCUUUAUCUUUCUAAACAUCCUCGGCGUCCUGCUGCACAAAGGGAUAAUCAGGCCCUGGACCACGGCGGUUGCCAGUAUGUUUUACCAGACCCGACUUCCUUUAGGCAAGUGA